AAAGACUUCAAACAUGAAAAAGUAUGAUAAAUACCAUCCUGUUAACAUCAGUGUCGAUGUAUUGUGAAUCUGUGACUACGUAUUUAUAUUAAAAGCAAUGAAAUUAUAUUUUAAAUGAUUUAAAAGUGUCGUCUGUGGUUUACGAAUGGACAGAAAUUUCAAAUAAAGAUAAAUAUGGCAACACAAAAUCGUCCUUACCAGGGUUACCCGUACGUCAAUCCUGUAGUCAUAGACGUGCCUUCUAUCGACUCUACAACGGCUGGUAGGUGGACGAACUUACCACGAAGAGCUAUCGGCGGAGUGAAUGAACGACCAGGAACCAGCAGAGACAGUGAUGUAAAUGAAAGACGAACUGAAGAAAUUGUUAAAGAUUUUACAGAAUCAGAUGGAAAUAGAACAGAAGAUAAUCCUGUGGUAUACAUUGAUGUACCGGAAAGUGGAGGAAGUAGUGUAGUUGAGAGCCCCAGGAAUAGGAAUGAACAAAGAGAAGGAUCUUUUGUACAGGAAACAAUUCUCUACGAUCCAUUCAAAGAUAGAAGAAUUGAACUGCGAGUGACGAGUGAUGAAAGUGAUGAUGAACCUUCUAGAAAUCCUUCUAGAGGUGAACAAACAUCUAGACCUGUACCACCUAACAUAUCAUACGUUGCUUCACCUGGUAGUAGCUCUGGCUAUACAACAUCACCAACAUUCGGCACAUCCACAAAUCCUAACCUACCAGGUCUAAUGUCCAAGGAAGCGGGAUAUUACGGUCGUCAGACACCAGAUGACAUGUUUCCCUUAGGACCAAUACCAGUGUCUGAGUUCCCUGAACCACCACCCGCGUAUACUGAAAUAGACAACGUGAAUCAAAGUAAUCGAGUGAACGUAUCAACGCCACCUAGAACGGAAGUUGUUACUACGGUUACAGAUGCCACAACUACCAUACGACCAGGUUCAGAUAGGAAACUUUUACAAUGCCCACAUUGUAAUCAGAGGGUACAUUCUCUUGUUGUCAGAGAAGUAGGUGCAUUUACACACGUAUUGGCUAUGAUCUUCUUAGUAUUAUGUCUUAUUCCUGUCGUUAUUUUAAUCUACUGCACGAAUAGUUGCAAAUAUAAAAACCAUUAUUGCCCGAACUGCAACCAGCUGAUCGGUUACGAAAUACCGAUACUCUGCCAACAGAUGGCGUUCGUUUAAAUCCUACAUCACGCUUGCAAAAUUCAUUUGAAAAUGCAACUAUGGUAUACAUCUCGAUGAGUUGUUAGAGACAAUACUAUAUAGUAUGCCCGCGACUUCGUCCGCGUGAAAUAAGUAAUUGGAUAUUGCAACAUUCCUUUAUAUUUGGCUAACUACUCAUUAUUACUUUAUACUUUGGAUCGUGGUCAAGCGGUAGUUUAUAAAACGUUAUAAUAAUAUUUCUAAAAUAAAAGA